AUGGCACCACCGGCGGAGAUCUCCAUUCCCUCGACCAUCGUCUCCACGGCCGAGUCGAAACCCUUUACCCUGUACAACAUCACUCUCCGCCUCCCCUCCGCUCCCCUCACCUCUCAGGUAGGCGCACCGCCUCCAACUCCUCUUCCGUCCAAAUCAUGGCUCAAGUCGACCAUCUCCUCGCCCGAGCUUACCGAGCUCCGCCGCCAGGGCCUCGAGGCCUACCUCCGCGCCAUUGCAGAAUCCCCGAUAGACGGUGGCGAGAUACGACAACCCGGCAUGAUUGGUACGGCGGCCGUCGGGGCCGCGGACCCGACCAUGUGGUUGGACAUGCACAGGGAGAUGAAGGCCUGCCUCCACUCGGCGCAGAGCCACCUUACGAAGCGGGACGGCGCAUACGAUGCUCACAAUACCUCGACCGCGGCAGAGGCAGGCGCCGCGGCAAAGAGAGAGCUCGUCAAAGCAGGCACAUUACUAGCCAGCCUCUCCGACGGGCUGCGGACUAUACAGGAGAGCAGCCGGUUGGGUGACGGGGAGGUGAGGCGGCGGCGGGAUCUGCUCGGCGCAGCGAGGGUGGAGAGGGACGGUCUAGAGCGAUUGAGUAACACGAUAUCGCCGUCGCAGACUGCCAUGAGGAGUGGCGGACGUGACGGUCCGUCUUGGGGCGGCGACAAGGCGUCCUUGCUCUCGGGGGCCUCGACGUCCUCGUCUAGCAGGAGUGCGACGCGGCCGGGCGGUCGCGUAAUCGGCGCGCCGCUACCCGAAACCGAUCAGACGCGGGAGCUCGACAACACGCAGCUCCUGUCCCUCCAGAAGCGGGUGCUCACCGAGCAGGACCAAAACGUCGAUCAGCUCACGGCCAUUGUCCGCCGGCAAAAGGAAAUUGGGCUCGCCAUCAAGGACGAGGUGGACCGGCAAACGGAGAUGCUGGACAUGAUGAACGACGACGUGGACCGCGUGGGCAACAAGAUCAAGGUUGCCAAGAACCGGACGAGAAACCUCUGA